AUGGCGCUGCCUUGCUGCUCCCUCCAGCGCCCGAGCCUCCUCCUCUGCUUCGCCCCCUCCUCUGCUUCCUCAGCCAUGGCGCUCCGCCGCCCCUCGCCUGGACCCGUCAAGCCCCACCACCGGCUUGUUGCUCUGCUCGACCCCGACCUCGCCGGCUUCGCGCACCUGCUCGCGUCCAGCCCAGUGGCCCGGGAGCUGGCCGUCGCGCCGUUCCCCGACCUCCACCAUCCCGCUUCGAGCUCCGCCAUCACCGCGUCCUCCCUCUGCCUCCUCGCGAGCUUCCUCCCGCGCCGCCACUGGAGGCCAACUCCGGCGCCCCUGCCUCGCGAACUUCCUCACCGCCGUCGUCACGCCUCUCCGCCUCCGCGCCGACUGGAGCCCCCGCUACCACCUCGCCAACCCACGCCGCUCCUGCCCCGGCCUCCUUCUGCCUCAACGGAGCAGGCCCCCGCGCCCCCACGACUUCGUCUACGCCGUCUCCUGCUCCUCGCCCUCUCACCGACUUCGUCUACGCCGUCUCCUGCAGCCUGUUGUUGCCGGAGCUCCCCACCACCACCACCAUGCGUCGCGCGCCAGCUCCCUCUGGCCGACGCCACGCUCGGCCCCCACCGCGCCAGUAGCCGCCGCUGCCGUGGCCUUCUGCAUCCGCCUCCAGCAGCUCUCCCUGCGACCUCCUCUUCAUCACCGUCUCGUGCCAGGGCCCUUCCACCUCACGGCCAUGUUGUCCGACUGCCGGCUCGUUGUUGCUGUUUCGUCGCCCGCCUCCCUUCGUUGGCCACCAAGACCGGAGGCCCUUUUGUGUUGCUUCGUUUUGGAUGCGCCAAGAUCCUCCCGAACAUGUACGACUACACCUGCUGA